AUGAACCGGGCUACUGUUAGCACUUUUCUUCUUUUGGUUUUAUUACCUAUGGUGGCAUCCAUAACCUGCUACAAUUGUGGCUCGGGUAGCUGCAAUGAUCCAUUUAGCUCGUCAGGCCAAUCCACUAUGGGUAGUUGUGGCGCGUGUGAGAAAGCAGGAGCUGCUGGAACAAUUACACGAUCAUGUGUUGCUUCUUGCCCAACUGUCACUGUUUGGGUCUCUGGAACUGGGAUAUCUUGCUGUUCAGACAAAGAUUUAUGCAAUGGUGCCUGGCGAUCCCAUGAUUAUUCAUUCGUACUUACCGGUCUUAUAGCCACAUUGUUGGUUGUACUUAAAAUCAAAUGUUUUUAA